CUCACCUUCCCAUCAAAAACAAAAAACAAACAAUCAAUCUCUCAAAAAAUCAAAGAGUCAGAGAGAAAAAAUGUCAGGAAGAGGAAAGGGAGGCAAGGGUUUGGGAAAGGGAGGAGCGAAACGGCACCGUAAGGUUCUGAGGGAUAACAUCCAGGGAAUUACCAAGCCUGCCAUUCGGCGUUUGGCCAGGCGUGGCGGAGUCAAGCGUAUCAGCGGUCUUAUCUACGAGGAGACACGUGGCGUCCUCAAGAUCUUCUUGGAGAACGUGAUUCGCGAUGCUGUGACCUACACCGAGCACGCUCGCCGCAAGACCGUUACUGCCAUGGAUGUUGUUUACGCUUUGAAGAGGCAGGGUAGGACUCUCUAUGGGUUUGGAGGUUAA